CCCGCUCCCGCCCGUCCCUCCCGCUCCGCCGGGGGCCGGGCCGGGCGGCAGGGGCGGUGCUGGCGGGCGGGACGGACCGACCCCGCCGAGCCGAGCCCCGCCGGGCGGGACGCAGCCCGCACCAUGUCGCCGCUCCGCGUCUGCAUCGUCGGCUCGGGGAACUGGGGAUCAGCCAUAGCCAGAAUCAUUGGCAAAAAUGUCCAGAAAUCCAACAGAUUUGAUCCUACUGUCAAGAUGUGGGUGUUUGAAGAGAUCAUCAAUGGAAGAAAACUCUCAGAAAUAAUCAACCAGGAACAUGAAAAUGUUAAAUAUUUGCCUGGAUACAAGAUACCCCACAAUGUGGUGGCUGUACCAGAUGUGGCUGAAGCAGCAAGUGGGGCAGAUAUUUUAGUGUUUGUUCUGCCACAUCAAUUCAUUGGACGAAUUUGUGAGCAGAUUGCAGGACAGAUAAAACCCGGGACAUUUGGGAUUUCCCUGAUCAAGGGGAUUGAUGAGGGUCCUGAUGGCCUGAAGCUCAUCUCUGACCUCAUUCGAGAGCACCUGAAAAUAGAAAUCAGUGUCCUUAUGGGGGCCAACAUAGCCAAGGAAGUGGCUGACGAGAAGUUCUGUGAAACCACCAUUGGCUGCAAAAAUGAAACACAAGGGCAAAUCUUCAAAGAGUUAAUGCAGACCCCCAAUUUCAGGAUUACCGUGGUGCCUGACUCUGAUACAGUGGAGCUUUGUGGAGCCUUAAAAAACAUCGUGGCAGUGGGAGCUGGGUUCUGUGAUGGACUGAGUUUUGGUGAUAAUACCAAGGCAGCAGUGAUACGCUUGGGCCUCAUGGAAAUGGUGGCCUUUGCCAAGAUGUUCUGCAAGGGACCAGUGUCAAUAGCCACUUUUUUGGAAAGCUGUGGGGUUGCUGAUCUGAUCACUACCUGCUACGGGGGACGCAACAGAAAAGUAGCAGAAGCCUUUGCUCGCACAGGAAAAUCCAUUGAGGAACUGGAAAACGAGAUGCUGAAUGGACAAAAGCUGCAAGGUCCUCAGACCUCAGCUGAAGUCUACAAGAUUUUGAAACAGAAAAAUAUGCUGGAUAAGUUUCCAUUAUUUACAACCAUCUACAAGAUCUGCUACGAGGGUCGAGCGAUCCAGGAUUUCAUCAUGUGCCUGCAGAACCACCCAGAGCACAUGUAGAGAUCCCCUCUCCUCACCUGGCUGCAUUGUCACCUUCCCGAGACUUCUGCCCACUCCACAGGAAUUAGGGGAACAGGUUGUGUGACAACACUUGCUGUAAAGGCAGCAAAGAAUGUAUUUCAUUAUCCUUGUUCUGGGGUAAAAAAAAUCUGCCUUUAAUUUCAACAUUAUACCCAAGAAAUAAGAAAUGAAUGUAAAAUUUAACAGUAUGAAUUAAUAACGUGGGCAUUUCCCUAGAAUUACUUACUUGUUGACUGAAAACAGUUCCCCUUCUAAUUUCCAUAACAAGAUCUCAAUAUAGCUCAUGAGAAUCUCAACAUUUUGCCUACAAAUGCUACUUACAGAACAGCACAAAAUACAGAAAAACUGAAGAAGUCAUUCAAACAGACAAAUUAUAGUUUAAAAAAAAAAAGCUCCGACAGCAAUAAGAUGCAAUCACAAGGGCAAAUGUUGGGAUUCCAUAAUUCCCCUCAAACACAAAUAACAUUUUUUAUUUUGUGACAUUUAGGCCCUCCUUGGUUUCAUUUCCCAGUAUAAGCCUCUCUGGAAAAAUCAAUAUUGUUACUGUGCUCAGACACGCACAAGUGUUCAGCAGAUGUAUAAAUAAAAUGGUUUAAGUGUGGGGGAAA